AUGGCUGACACAAAUUCAACGACAGGCGCUUCAGCGCCAGCGGGCAAUGAUGGCGAUGGCAAAGGCACAGCACCUGCAGCACCGCCCCCAGCAGCGGCAAACCCAUCUCCUGCGCCUGCCUCGCGCUCGUCCUCCCCAUAUGUCAGCGAUGGCUCCAGGAAGUUCUCGUCUCCGUACACUCCCCAGUUUUCGCCUGCGACACAGAUGAUAUUGAAACGGAUGCGCGGCGAAUCUGGCGGGCUGAAUUCCGCCCUCGCAUCGGCCACCGCGCCUGACGCGCCGAGACCCAAUUUCCCACGGCCGGUCUACGAGAGCGUCAGAGAGCGCAUUGUUGCGAGCAUGACGAGUGGCAACACCAUGUCGUUGCCGGCGCCGCCGUCUUCUUCGAGUAGCAUAACAGCCAGCACAAUGCGCUUACCUGUGAAGCCGGCGUUGACGAGCGGCUUGAAUGGAAGACCACCAGUGGCAGGUGGCCAGAAGCGCAAACGGGCCUAUGGCGACGGCGACACUAGUGAUGUUUCCUUGCCGGCAGAGGAUUCGGACUAUGGCGAAGGCAUCAAGAAGGCAAAACCAAAGCAAGCAGCAACACCCCAGAUCACACAGUCAGGGAGGCGAAUUCUGAAGCCGGAUACGUACGACCCCGCCGCCGAGGACAAUGCGAAGAAGAACGCACGCUUAGGGAAGCGGACGACGGAGCAGGCUCUUUGCAAGAAGUGCACCCGGAUGCACAGUCCCGCUACCAACCAGAUGGUGUUUUGUGAUGGGUGCAAUGACCCGUGGCACCAGCGGUGCCAUGAUCCUUGGGUCGAAGACGAGAUCAUCAAGGACCAGAGCUUGAAAUGGUAUUGUGUGAUCUGCCAGGCGAAGAGGGAACGGCUGCAACCGAAGAAGAAGGUCGAGCAGCCUAGAUUUGGCAGUUGGGCUGACAGACCAGCCUCGCAAAAACGAGCCUAUCUUUCAGCGCUCUCUCCAGACGGCUUAGUCAACCUCAUAAUCCACGCCACCGAGCUGCAUCCCGACCUGCCCAUCUUCCCGAUCGAGUCCACCUCGUCACCCAGCAAGUCAUCAGCCGGCAGCACACCGCGGUCCCUAUUUGCCGGUGCCUCAGCAGGCGGUCUCUUCCACCGCGCCGAGGCGAACCCCACAGGCCCACUGAACUUCAUCCGCAAGAUCCCGGCCAACGCGAAGAAGUCAACCCUCGCCAAAGCCCGGUCGGGCACCGGCUCCCUGCAAAGCAAGACCGCAGCGCAGGCCAGCGCCCUCGCGGCUGGAAAUCAGGUCUAUGACGAAGAGGAGUCUUCCUUCACCAGGUUGUGGCCCAGGCCGGGGAAGGGCAUGUACAGCCGGCUUCCGCCGGAAGCGGAUGACGACCGUGGGUUGACGGACGAUAAUGACCAUGCUGCAUUCAGCGUGAUUAUCUUCAAUGAGAAAGGAAAGAAAAUCGAGGAGAACGGGGUCAAGGUUUAG